GCAUGGCGUUGGCAUUUCAGAGGCGAGUGUUGUGAGCGCGCAGCGUAGGCGUUACGUCACUGAAGUCCUCCAGCUCUGGGGAGAUGCUGGUGUGUGUCUGCAAAUAAUAAAAUCAUAAAGCAAUACAAAGAAAAAUAGGCCGCUUCCUCUCUAACAGACAUCUAUUGGACAGACGGUCGUUACAUAUCGGAUGAAACAGACCAGCCAUACAAGGCCACCAUAGUUGCUCCAUUUGACAGAAAGAGACAGAAGACCGGUCUUUGCUUGACUGAUCACAUUCCUUAUACUUGAGAUGAAAAUGACCCGGCCUGUUUAUUAGCACAUUCCUUCACAAUACAUUUUCGGUGGGUUCCCUUGCUUGCACUCUAAGCCUGCCAAUAUGUACGGAAGUUCACGCUCUGUGAGCAAAAUGGACAGUAAUCACAGUGGGGGAAGAAACAACCAGGGCAACUCUGGACGCUCUCCACGGCUGCCUCGGUCACCCCGUCUGGGUCACCGUCGCACCAACAGCAUGGGGGGCAGCGGUGGAGGCCCGGGCGGCUCUGGAGGCAAGACGUUGUCCAUGGAGAACAUUCAAUCUCUCAAUGCUGCCUACGCCACGUCGGGACCAUUGUAUAUGAGUGACAACGAGGUCGCAAUCUGCACUUCCUCUGACCUCCCUAAAAGCGGCGUAGCGACGGGACGCUUUGGAGGCAGCAUUCCUUAUGGGGUCCGGGCAACGGUUACAGGCAGCACACCGGACAUGGCCAUGGUGCCGGCGGUGUCCACCGACUCUAUGGGCUUUGGAGGGGAGAUCCACGCUGCGUCAACCGUUCCUCACUCGCUACGUCAGGCAAGGGACAACACCAUCAUGGAGCUCCAAGCCCAGCUCAAGGAGGUGCUGAGGGAGAACGAGCUGCUUCAGAAGGAAAUCGAGGUGAAGGAGAGCAAGCUCAGCUCCUCCAUGAGCUCCAUCAAAAGCUUCUGGAGCCCGGAGCUGAAGAAGGAACGUGCGCUGCGCAAAGACGAGGCAUCCAAAAUAACAGUGUGGAAGGAGCAGUACCGCGCUGUGCAAGAUGAGACACAGCACCUGCAGACAACUGUGCAGGCACUGCAGGCCGAGCUGCGUAUCCAGCGCGACUUGAAUCAGCUACUCCAGCCCCCCGGGGAGCCGCUGGCCUGCGAGCCCAGCGAGGAGCAGGAGCGGCAGGCUCGAGAGGUGUUCUUGCUCCGCCGUACCCUGGGGGAGAUGGAGGUUCGCCUGGAGACCCAGCGGCAGACGCUAGUUGCUCGCGAUGAGUCAGUCAAAAAGCUCCUGGAGAUGUUGCACAGCAAGGGACCCUCCACUAAAGCCAGUGAAGAGGAUCAUGAGCGCACACGUCGCCUCGCAGAUGCAGAGAUGCACGCGCACCACCUGGAGAACCUUCUAGAACAGCGUGAUAAAGAGCUAGCCGCUUUGAGAGAGGAACUGCAUCGCCGCCUCGAGGGGACGCCAGAGACUACGAAAACCAAAGCUCUUCAGACUGUAAUUGAGAUGAAGGAUUCUCAGAUCAGUUCUCUAGAGCGGGGCCUCAGAGAGCUGGAGGACCAGGUCAUGAUGCUUCGCUCCAGUAGCAUGCUUAGCUGUGAGGAACGGCAGGAAGAGGCCAAGCAGAUGGAGGUCUACCGCAACCACACCAAGUUCAUGAAGAACAAGAUGGACCAAGUUAAGCAAGACCUUUCCAGAAAGGACACCCAGCUCCUUGGAUUGCAGACCAAGCUGGAGACCCUGACUAACCAGUUCUCUGACAGCAAACAGCAUAUUGAAGUGCUUAAAGAGUCUCUGACUGCCAAAGAACAACGUGCUGCUAUUCUACAGACAGAGGUGGAUGCUCUGAGGUUGCGUCUGGAGGAGAAGGAGACCAUGUUAAAUAAAAAGAGUAAGCAAAUCCAGGAAAUGUCUGAAGAAAAGAGCACACUCAAUGGAGAAAUCCAUGAUCUGAAGGACAUGCUGGAGGUCAAGGAGCGUAAAGUCAACGUACUUCAGAAAAAAAUUGAAAACCUGCAGGAGCAGCUGAGGGAUAAAGAGAAGCAGAUGAGCAGCCUUAGAGAGAGGUUGAAGUCCCUACAGACAGACACGUCUAAUACAGACACGGCCCUCACUACACUGGAGGACUCACUGGCCGAGAAGGAACGUAUUAUUGAGCGCCUGAAGGAGCAACGUGACCGCGAGGAGCGAGAGAAGGCAGAGGAGCUGGACAGCAGUAAAAAAGAGCUGAGGGAGUUAAAGGAGAAAGUCAGCAUGCUGCAGGGAGACCUGUCAGACCGAGAGACUUCCCUGCUGGACCUCAAAGAGCAUGCGUCGUCACUGGCCUCAUCUGGCCUGAAGAAAGACUCCAAAUUGAAAAGCCUAGAGAUCGCCCUUGAGCAGAGGAGGGAGGAAUGCAUUAAACUUGAGAACCAACUAAAGAAGACCCAGAGUGCUGCAGCCAAUGCACAGGCCAACGCAGAGAUAUCUGAAAGGAUUUCUUCACUUGAAGCUGAUGUGGCCAGACACCGAGAAGACUCCGCCAAAGCCCAGGCUGAAGUUGAUCGUCUAUUGGACAUCCUGCGUCAGAUGGAGAACGAGAAGAACGACAAAGACAGAAAAAUCAGUGAGCUGGAGAGUGUGACUUCCAGGCAAAUGAAAGAGCAGAGUAAGAAGUCCUCUGGCAAACACAAGGAGCUGUCAGGGAAAGGCAGAAAUGUCAACGAUGGCCCACAGCAGGAGUCCCUGCGGCAGAAGGCAGAGCGCAUCGAGGAGCUGGAGGAGGCUCUCAGAGAGAGCGUUCAAAUCACUGCCGAGAAGGAGAUGGUGCUGGCGCAGGAGGAGGCUGCACGAACCCACCAGGAGAAACAGAUGGAAGAGCUACUGGGAGCGAUGGAGAAAGUGAAGCUGGAGCUCGAGUCCAUGAAGGCCAAGAUGUCGUCCACCCAGCAGUCUCUGGCAGAGAAAGAAGCUCAUCUGACCACACUGAGGGCCGAGAGGAGGCGACACCUGGAGGAGGUGCUCGAGAUGAAACAGGAGGCUCUGCUGGCAGCCAUAAGUGAGAAAGAUGCUAACAUAGCUUUGCUGGAGCUGUCUUCAUCCAAAAAAAAGAAGACACAAGAGGAAGUGGCCCAGCUGCGGAGAGAGAAGGACCGUUUGGUGCAGCAGCUCAAACAGCAGACACAGAACCGUAUGAAGCUCAUGGCGGAUAAUUACGACGACGGCUACUUGAAAACACCCCCUCACCAGACCAACCACAAAACUCCAAAAUCACCCGAUCAGGAUGAUGAGGAGGGCAUUUGGGCAUAGCCUCACUGGCAGCCAUUUUGUUUUAGAAGGAUAAGAUCUGGGCGGAAAGCUAUAGUGCACAGGAGCUCUACACCGGCCACCUGAUUAUCCCAUACAACCACCCCAAACCCCUUUACUUACACAAUCAACUCAGCCCACAUCUCAUCACACCAGUUACCCAGGACCCACCGCCAGAGACCACACACAUUCUCACAGUGGGAGCCUGGGAUGGUGAGUCAGUGUGGAGCUGCAGUUCCCUGGACCCUGCUUUGGACCUCCAGAACCAAACUGGCCAUGAUCGAACCCUCCAGCUCCACUCCAACCUCCACUGUCUCUCUGGCCUCACUUCUCACCUGAACUAAACCGGAGCCCUCUAAGAGCCUGUAACAGUCUGUAGUCUUAAUACUGGUGCAGCAUUGAAAAUAUGCAGUGUUAGUUGAGUCGUGAAUGCAAUUUUAAUUUCGUUCUCUUGAUAUGUCAUAAUGGUUGCGUAAAUACAGAUUUAGAAUGUUAACCUGAUCAAUGGGUGGUGCUAUAUAAACAUAACUGAAUGCCAAACUGUUGUUAAACAAUUAAAAAAAAAAGUGUUAUGCUACUUAAACUGCACUCAGCAUUAAGACUACCAGACCUUUGAUCUAUUCUGUGUUUAGGUAGCGUCUUGCACUGGUUAUACUUCAUUGGAUGACCCUUCCCCUUUACCAAAAACGUAUAGGACACCUUCAAGAGCAUGACAUAAACAUUUAUAGAUAGUUAUGUCUAUUUGUCACACCUGACGCUUCGUCAGUGGAAAAAAAAUCAGGUUCUGUACAUCCUUUAAUUCAAAUUAACAGCUGCUACAAGUAAUAGACAUAAAAUAUAUAUGAAAAGAGUUUGCAUUGCUCAUGAAGCAAUCCACCGAGGGGUGUGUGCAAGAAAUUGCAGUUCUCGCUUAAUGAGACUAUAGUUGUUUUCUAGCAGCUCUUAGACAGGACAUUGUAGGCUCCCAAAUAUCUUCAUAUCAUGUCCAGAUUCUGAGAG